GCGCCGUCUCUAACAAUAGCUUUCUUGUGACAGGAUUGGCUGCUGGGAAAAGAUGGCAGCUUCCUUUUGUAUGUAGGGAUUUACUCUUCUCCGAGGAGGCAUUUAAAGACUUCCCUCAGUGUAUACACGGACCUCUACCGCACACUUGGGGUUCAAACUAACACUGUGAGUAGGAAAAGAUGGAGAAAAGCGGGAGCAUCGACAGUUUGGGUUCAAAACGCUCCUCUUCCCGACAGCCAAGUGUUGAUUCAUUGUCCAGUACUUCCACCUCUCGCUCUGACCGGUCCGCCCAGGCCAAACCACCCUCCGCCAUGUCCUCUGAUUCUGUGGCCACCUCUACAGAGCUCUCUCCAGAAAUGAGGGUUAAGUCCAAAGCCACUGCAAAGAAAGUGCUCAGAGAUUCAGACAAAGAGGAACCACAGUUACUUCCAAAUGAAACCGUGCAAGACAUGGCUCAAGAUGUCACCUACUUCUGUCCUUUCAUUGGAGCACUGAGGGGAACAGUGACUGUCACCAACUACAGACUCUUCUUCAGAUGCAUGGACAGGGAGCCAACUUUUGUGCUGGACCUGCCCCUCGGGGUGGUGAGUCGUGUGGAAAAAAUUGGAAGUGCAUCAAGCCGUGGGGACUUGUCCUACGGGCUGGUUUGCAAGGAUAUGAGAAACCUGCGAUUUGCACACAAACAAAUGGAUGACACUCUGAGGAAGUCCAUUUUCGAAGUGUUGAUGAAAUUCGCUUUUCCUGUUUCCAACGGACUGCAAAUCUUUGCCUUUGAUUAUGGUCAGGUCUUUCCUGAAAAUGGAUGGAAGGUGUACGAUGCUGUCUCUGAGUACAAAAGACAGGGUAUACCCAACGAAAGCUGGAGGAUAACUAAAAUAAAUGAUCACUAUGAACUUUGUGACACCUACCCAUCCACUCUGGCGGUCCCUGUCAACAUACCAGACGAGGAGCUGAAGAGAGUGGCUGCCUUCAGAGCAAAGGGGAGGAUUCCUGUGUUGUCAUGGAUCCAUCCAGAGAGCCAGGCGACUGUGACGCGCUGCAGCCAGCCAAUGGUUGGGGUAAACGGGAAGCGAAGCAAAGAGGAUGAGAAAUACCUCCAGUCCAUCAUGGACGCUAACGCUCAGUCACAUAAACUUUUCAUUUUUGAUGCAAGGCCCAGUGUCAAUGCUGCUGCCAACAAGAUGAAAGGGGGCGGUUACGAAAGUGAGGAUGCAUAUCAAAAUGCCGAGCUGGUGUUCCUGGAUAUCCACAACAUCCACGUGAUGAGGGAGUCGCUUCGCAAGCUGAAAGAUGUGGUUUACCCGAACAUCGAGGACUCCCACUGGCUCUCUAAUCUGGAGUCCACUCAUUGGCUCGAGCACAUCAAACUGAUUCUGGCAGGAGCACUGAGGAUCGCAGAUAAAGUGGAGUCCGGGAAAACCUCAGUGGUCGUACACUGCAGCGAUGGUUGGGACCGUACAGCCCAGCUCACCUCGCUGGCCAUGCUCAUGCUGGACGGUUACUAUCGCACCAUCCGCGGCUUUGAGGUGCUGCUUGAGAAAGAGUGGCUGAGUUUUGGCCACCGCUUCCAGCUGCGAAUCGGUCACGGGGAUAAGAACCACACAGAUGCAGACCGCUCACCUGUUUUUAUUCAGUUCAUUGACUGCGUGUGGCAGUUGACUCGCCAGUUUCCUGCAGCAUUUGAGUUCAAUGAAUACUUCCUGGUGACCAUCCUGGACCACCUGUACAGCUGCCUGUUCGGGACCUUUUUGUGUAACAGUGAACAGCAGAGGCUGAAGGAGGAGAUUCCCAAGAGGACUGUGUCAUUGUGGUCUUACAUAAACAGCCAGCUGGAGGAGUUCAGCAAUCCUUUGUAUGUGAACUAUUCCAACCAUGUGCUGUUUCCUGUUGUCAGCCUACGUCACCUGGAGCUUUGGGUUGGCUACUAUAUCCGCUGGAACCCUCGCAUGAGACCUCAGGAACCAGUUCAUCAGCGCUACAAGGAGCUGCUGGCAAAACGCGCAGAGCUGCAGAAAAGAGUGGAAGAGUUACAGCGAGAGGUGACCAAUCGUUCAGCCUCAUCGUCUUCUGAGAGGGCAGGCUCCCCCACGCGUUCCAUCACGCCGGUGCAGACCUUUGUUUGACGCCUGCUGAUACUAAUGCAGGUCACAGGAGCUGGAUCCUGUCUGUGAGAAGUUGCUGUGUAGUAGUGUAAGUCACACCUGUCACCUUGAGGGACCUGUUGGUGACAACUUGCCUAAAAAAAAAAGUCUGAUUACGCAGAUUAAUGUAUUUGCACACAUCACGGAUGAUGUAGAGUCUGUGUUUGUGUAUCAGACUGCUUUAUACAGCCAUAUUGUACUCUUCCUCCACAGAUGAGAGGAACAUAACCAGAGUCGUGAAUACUCUUUAGCAUAUCGACCUACCUACAAUCAGUGUUUUUGAAGUAUGCUAAAAUAUUACGCGGGUAAAAUAUGGAUGCCUUAUACACUCUAUAGGAACACUUGCUUCAUUCCUCCUCACUACAUUUCAUAGGUUUUAAUUUGAUAGCAAUACUGCUGAAACACUUGCUGCAAAAAUAACACUUGAGCUCAAUAUACUAGCACUAAAACUGCCUUAAUGGCUCCUGAGUUGUGUCAUAAUGUAGCUAAAGGGCUGCAACGCUAGCUUCCCCUAAUGAUAACUAGUGCAUUAAAAAAAAUCUGUGCUUUUAGAUUGUUGUGACCAAAUAUUUUUUUAUGAAUACAUCAUGUGUCAUGUCAUGCAUUCCUCUCGGUGAGUUGAGUUUUAUAAGUUUCAUUUUUCUAACUAGUUAACAUUAUUUAUUAUCCUUUAGUGCAGACUUUUAUUUAUGGCUCACAAACACACUUCCUGUCUCCUGUUGUAAAAUGAUUAUAGAUGUUCCCAUGCAACAUUAAUAAGCCACAUUGAACAUGCAGAAGUUUGUUUGUUCCAGUCACUGAAUCAGUUUUAUUAGGACAUUUCUUACAAAAAAAGCUAUCAGCUGACUUUCUUUUUAUACACUGCAGAAUAUCUGACUAGUUAUUUCAUUUGAGUGUUUUUUUUUCUAGUUUAACAGAUCUGAUAGAAUAUCUGUGCCUUCCUCUGAAUGACUGAUUGAGAGAAGUGUGUGCUUAGUUUUUUGAGAUUUUAAUAGCUAAGGUUUAAAACAGCAAACAAAGAGUUAGUAAGCCUUUCCUCUUUGCGUGUAAAAACUUGCAAUAAACAUGUGACUGAA